AUGCAAUCAGGCCAAUUGACUGAAAAGAGUGAUGUUUAUAGCUUUGGAGUAGUGCUUGUAGAACUGCUAACUGGGGAGGAGCCUUUCUCUUUUCAAAGGGCAGAAGAUAAACGAAGUCUCACAUUUCACUUUGUAUGUAGCUUGGAAGAGGAUCAUCUAUUUGAUGUUCUUCAGAUUGGUGUUGAGGAUGAAGAAAAUAAACACGAGAUCAUGCAGGUUGCUAUUCUUGCUGCCAGGUGCUUGAAACUUAGAGGGGAGGAAAGGCCUAGCAUGAAGGAAGUGGCAAUGGAAUUGGAGGGAAUAAGGCUUAUGGACAAACAUCCUUGGACCAAUACAAGCCAAAAUUUUGAGGAGAGACAAUACUUGCUUUCUGAGGCACCAAGCAUUCGUGAACCUGGUGACAGUAGUGGCCAACAGAAUGCUGGAUAUGAUAGCCUGAAGGAACUUCAAUUAAUUGACUUUGGUGAUGGAAGAUGA